GUCAAGUGUAACUCCAUUUUAUAGCCACUUAUCUUCUGCUAGUAGAUCUACAUGAGUUUUAAGAGAUGUGUCUUCUUUAAUACCAUUGUGGUUCCUUUUUUAUUUUAUUUUCAUGACUAAGUUGAUUUCUAUAGCUUAUCUCUGAUUUGAUCAAGUAGAAUCCUUGUCCUGUUCUGAUGAAGUGCUCUUUUUGUCGGUUUUUGUAUGUGUAGGAAAUAGUCAUCUAUUCCGGGAAAUUUGGAGAUGGCCCCGGUUGGUCCUCGAUCCGGUGAUGCGAUCUUCUCUAGCAUUGAUCGUGUGAAUGCGGAGUUGUUCACGUUGACGUAUGGUGCAAUUGUGCGUCAAUUGCUUACUGACUUGGAAGAAGUGGAGGAAGUUAACAAACAGCUUGAUCAAAUGGGAUACAACAUUGGAAUCCGACUUAUCGAUGAGUUUCUAGCCAAAUCUGGUGUUUCCAGAUGCGUUGACUUUAAGGAAACUGCUGAAAUGAUUGCCAAGGUGGGUUUCAAGAUGUUCUUAGGGGUCACUGCAUCAGUGACAAGCUGGGACGCAGAUGGGACUUGCUGCAGUAUAAUCUUGGAGGACAACCCGCUAGUUGAUUUCGUGGAGCUUCCGGAUACUUGCCAAGGUCUUUACUACUGCAAUAUCUUAAGUGGAGUCAUUAGAGGAGCUUUGGAAAUGGUCUCAAUGAAGACAGAAGUGACAUGGACGCGUGAUGUUCUUCGAGGAGAUGAUGCUUACGAGUUGCAAGUGAAGCUACUGAAACAAGUCGCUGAGGAAUAUCCUUACAAGGAUGAUGAAUAAAUGUCAAUCUCUUAUCUUCCCUCUUCCUCAAAGAGAAACUAAUUACUGUUUGUAGUCUCUUUCUCUACAAUUCUUAGCUUUAUCUUUUUCUUCGUAAACACAAAACCAUAAGCUAUGAAACUAAAUACUGGUUGAUGUUUUGGUACAAAACCAUUUAUUCCAUUUCUUAGUGUUCUUAUGUGACAA